GAGACGCUCUUCCGCGUGCCACAAUAUAAAUUCAAUUUAAAUUCAUUUUCUCCUUCCAUUCCUUCCUUCCUUCCUCAACCCAACCCAAUCUUCACCUUCGCCCACAACAAAUCCCAUUCCUGCAUCUCCUCCUUCAGCAUCGCUGCAAACUUUACUUUCCAUUUUUGUCCUUCCUCCCCGAGAAAAAAAUGGCGAACGCAGCAUCUGGUAUGGCCGUCCAUGAUGACUGCAAGCUAAAGUUUUUGGAGCUCAAGGCGAAGAGGACGUACCGGUUUAUCGUUUUUAAGAUUGAGGAGAAGCAGAAGCAAGUUAUUGUGGAGAAGCUGGGUGAGCCUGCAAAUGGUUAUGAUGAUUUCGCUGCCAGUCUUCCUGCCGACGAGUGUCGAUAUGCUGUUUAUGAUUUUGAUUUUGUCACUGAAGAGAAUUGCCAAAAGAGCAGAAUUUUCUUCAUUGCUUGGUCCCCUGAUACAUCUAGGGUUAGGAGCAAGAUGAUUUAUGCCAGCUCCAAAGAUAGAUUCAAGAGGGAGCUUGAUGGGAUUCAGAUUGAGCUGCAAGCAACUGAUCCUACUGAGAUGGGUCUUGAUGUGUUCAAAAGCCGUGCCAAUUAAAUGAUUCUGAUUAUGCAUAAUAGGAGUUGUGAUGGGGAUGGUCAACUUGGCUAAUUUGGACUCAAUUUUCCAAGUUUUGACAUGAGGUCUAUAGCAGCUUCAACAAAGCUUUUCUUGUUCCAGUGUAUCUUGUGGUUUGUGACAUAUAACCCGUGUUUGGGUGUCAUCUUAGCCCUAUUCCUACUAGUUAAUUUUGUAACUGUUCUUUGUGUGAUUGGACGAAAAUUUGGGAUCAGGUAUUGAUGUAAUAUUGCCAGUUGCCAUCUUAUUAAUGUCUUGUGACUUAAAUUAACUAAAAUACUUUCUUGAAAA